AUGCAUUCCAACACCAGCAGCGAUGUUAUAAUAAAUCGAUUUGCUAAUACCGAAGCAGCCCUUUCAGCCGAACAGGACUAUUCAGCCAAAAACUACCAAUCACUCCCUAUAGUCUUUGCCCGUGCACAGGGUGCUUCUGUUUGGGAUCCUGAGGGAAAUCAUUUUCUAGACUUCCACUCUGCUUCGACCGCCCUGAAUCAUGGCCAUUGUCACCCAAAGCUCGUUGCAGCACUUGUCGAUCAAGCAUCGCGAUUAACUUUGACAUCUCGCGCCUUUCACAACGAUGUGUAUCCUCGAUUCGCGGAAUUUGUUACAAAGCUCUUUGGCUACGAUAGGGUUUUGCCGUCGAGCACCGGAGCGGAGGCUUCUGAAACCGCAAUCAAGGUUGCACGGAAAUGGGCUUAUAAAAUCAAAGGUGUACCACAGGACGAGGCCAUUGUUCUUGGUGCCGCAGGUAAUCACCAUGGACGAACAUUGGCCUCGAUUUCUUUAGCCUCUGAUGAGAUGUCACGUCAUAACUAUGGCCCAUUGGUUCCCAAAACCAGCUGCUCCAUCCCAGGGACUAACAAGUUGAUCACUUUGAAUGAUAAAGAGAGUCUACGGGAAGCAUUUGAGACCGCCGGCUUCAACCUUGCCGCCUUCAUUAUCGAGCCAAUUCAAGGUGAUGCAGGCGUCAUUGUAGCAGAUGACGACUAUCUCCAAGAGAUAAGGGCACUCUGUGACAAGCAUAAUGUUCUAUUAAUCUGCGAUGAGAUCCAAACUGGCAUCGCACGAACGGGGAAACUGCUUGGCCACUACUGGAGCGGAAUCAGGCCGGAUAUGGUGCUUCUGGGGAAAACUCUCACAGGUGGCAUGUAUCCAGUCUCUUGUGUUCUAGGAGAUGAUGACGUUAUUCUUACUGUUGAGCCCGGAACACAUGGCUCAACAUAUGGCGGUAAUCCACUUGGUGCAGCAGUUGCCAUGCGCGCUCUCCAAGUUGUCGAGGAGGACAACCUUGUUGAACGUGCCAAUCAUCUUGGCCAUAUCCUCCGAAGCGGUCUGCUCAGUGUCCAGUCACGGACUCCGGGCCCAGUCAUCGAAGCAAUUCGUGGCAGGGGCUUACUCAACGCGAUGGUUAUUGACCAGUCAAAAACAAAUGGACACUCGGGCAUCGAGUUGUGUGAGCUGAUGAAACGGAAGGGUCUCUUGCUAAAAUCGAGCAAAACUGGAGUAAUUCGCAUUGCGCCUCCCUUGAUCAUUUCUGAUUCCCAACUCGCAGAGGCGCUCAACAUCAUACAGGAAGCUAUCGAGGAACUUCUCGCUCUCCCUGCAUCCACCUAG